AUGGAUGUGCAACGGAGUGGUUCCCUGGUUCGGCCUCCAAGCCCCAUGGACAGCCUGGAGAAGCAACUGAGCUGCCCCAUUUGCCUGGAUAUGUUCACCAAGCCUGUGGUCAUUCUGCCCUGCCAGCAUAACCUGUGCCGUAGCUGUGCCAGCGACCUCUACGACUCCCGUAACCCAUACCGGUUUUCCGGCGGUGUCUUCCGCUGCCCAACAUGCCGCUUUGAGGUGGUGCUGGACCGCCACGGUGUCCACGGGCUCCAGCGGAACCUGCUGGUGGAGAACAUUAUCGACAUCUACAAGCAGCAGCAAGAAGUGAGUGGCAACAACAACACAGAGAGCUCCCUGAAGCCUAAAGAGUCCAAAGAGCCAAAGUGUCAGGAGCACGAAGACGAGAGAAUCAAUAUCUACUGCAAAACCUGCCAGACUCCAACGUGCUCCAUGUGCAAAGUGUUCGGGCAGCACAAAGACUGUGAGGUUGCACCUUUGGAGGCUGUCUACCAGACCCAAAAGACCGAACUGAGCAACGCCAUCGAUAACCUUGUGGCCAGCAACGGACGCCUGCAGUCGCUGCUCAUCCAGAUGGAAGACGCUUGCCGAGUCGUACAGGAAAACGCCCAGCGAGCCAAGCAAGGCCUUGCUGAACGUUUCGACCUGCUCUACGCCGUCCUGGAGGAGCGGAAGACUGUACUUCUGGAACAGAUCGGCAAAGAGCAAGACGACAAGGUAGCCGCGCUGCGGGCCAUGUCCCAACGUUACGGCGAGCGGCUUCAGGCCAGCACUGACCUUACCGACUCAGCCGUCCGGGCGCUAGAGCAGAGCGGCGCUGCCGAGUUCUUGGUUGCAGCCAAGGGCCUCAUAACGCAGACCAAAGAUGCUGCCAAAGGCUCAAUGGGCGAAGAGAGGCCUGAGCCAGGUUUUGAGAAGAUGGAUCACUUCGCCGUGUCGACAGAGCACGCUGAGGCGAUCCUUGCGAAAAUGGACUUUGGCUCAGACAGCGAAGAUGAUUUUGAUGACGCGGAGGAGGAAGAAGAGGAAUAA